AUGGCAAGUUCAUUAAGAAAUUUAGAGGGUGCUUGCACAAAGAAUUCUGUAUUAGAUAUACACUGUGGAACAUUCUUGAAGAGAUGGGAGUUAACAGGCACUGAAUAUCUCGUGCAUUUUCAUUCUGACAGCAGCAUAGAAAAGAAUGGGUUUACUUUACAAUAUUUUCUAGGUGUAUCUGGAACAGGAGCUCCGACCACCACCACAACUACUAUUGGUCCGCCAGUGUCCGCCGAGGUGUUCCUAAUCAAUGACGUACUGACCAACUACAGUACUGAAAACUUUCCAGUCAGGAAUUUAUCUACCCCUGUUGAAUCAGUUGUAGAAGUGUAUUUAGCAGGCGUCAACAGUUUGGACGAGGUACAACAAAAGUUGACAACAACCAUACAAUUUGAACUUACAUGGUAUGAUGAUGGAAUGAAAUGGCCAACUUCCAAACUGUCAGGAAUCUCUAAAAUACUCAUGCCACAGAAUGAUUUGUGGAAGCCGGAUCUAGCUUUGCUGAACAGUUUUACGUCGUUGAGCGCAAUGGGCAGCAAGUUUAUGUUUGUCGUGGUUGAAAAUACUGGUAAAUGCACGUGGAAACCGUACCAGAUUCUUGAAAGCACGUGUCAGGCAGACAUGACGAAUUAUCCGUAUGACACACAAGAAUGCGAUCUCAAGUUCAGCACAUGGUCAUCAACUUCCGACCAGGUUCAAACUAUUGUUGGCUCUGCUGGUAUGCGAAUACACGAGAAUUUCGUGGAGAACGCAGAAUGGAAACUGGAAGGUGUAUCUCAAAGAAACGAAACUAUAAACGGUCAACUUACAGCUGUGUUUACAUUAAGACUAAAACGAAACCAUUCAUUUAUCGUGUUCUAUGUGACAAUUCCGGUUAUUUUGCUUUCCCUAUUGAAUUCGCUAACAUUUGCUCUACCGGUGUCAGCAGGAGAAAAGUCAGGCUAUGCGAUAACGGUGUUCCUGUCAUUUUUAAUUUACGUGAUAGUCACUUUUCAGAAAAUGCCCGAUAGUUCUGACACUAUUUCUCUUUUUGCGAUUUAUGUUUUGAUAUUGACUGGGAUGAGUAAUUUAACAGUGAUUAUUUCUGUCUUAGAAAUAAGGAUGAUGGAAUUGAAGACUAAACAUAAACCAAUGCUACAAUGUACCAUCUCAUUUACAAAAAUGAUACUAAAUUUGCAACACAGAUUUUUGUGCAUAAAGGAAGAAAUGGAUGAAAAACGCUAUUUACAGGAACAGAUGGAAAGUACACAAAGAAAAAGUGUUGCGAAUGGUGAUGACGAUGACGAUGACGAUAUUGAGGAAGAGGAUAAUACAUGGCCAGAAUUCGUUUCUGCUUUAGACUUUGUCUGUUUCUGGGUGUUUUUUAUUGUUUCACUUUCACUGGCAGUUGGCUACAUGGUUUAUCUAGCGACACAAUAGAAUAUAUAAACAUUUUGCCAAUCUAUAAUUGUACACAAUUAUUGUAACCUAUUACAUAUACUCUAUUGCGAAAGAAGAAAAGCGCACUGUAGCCACCCCGUCUUUCUUUCUCCAUCCCCUCUUAAAAGAGUAAUUGCUCAUCAUUCAAAUUGUCUCCUAGAUUUUAUUUUUGUAUUUGCUUGCAAUUUGUUCAUGUUGCUGUCAGAAAAGACUGAUUGUCGAAAUAAAAAGUUUACAUUCAA